CUGUGGUGGUCGCGGUUGGUCAGUGUUGUCAGAAGAGCAGCAUGAGACCCUUCUCUGCUCGGAUCAUGAAAACACGGGGAUGUUUGGAGGAAAAGACAGUUUGACAUCUCACUCAAAGAAAAGAAACAUGUGGAAGACUCUAACCCUGACAUGGAUAGUUGCACUGGCGCUGGGUACAGAGGUGUCUCGGUCAGAGGAUGUGGGGACCACGGGGGCUGUCGGGACGACGUUGGAGGAGCAGAAUAUCAGCAACGUAUCAAAAGCGCCGGGAAUGUCCCGACAACAGAUCCUCGCUGCUCAGUUUGAGUGUUACUUGAAGAUAAUCCGUGAUCCCCCUCGCACAGAUGACGGUACGUUCUGUAACCGCACAUGGGACGGCUGGCUGUGCUGGGGGGAUACAGCUCCAGGGAUGGUCAUGCAGAUGUGUCCAGAAUACUUUCUCGACUUUGACCCUGCAGAGAAGGUAACCAAAGUGUGUAAUUCUGAUGGCCAGUGGUUUCACCACCCGGAGAGCAACAGAGUCUGGACUAACUACACCCAGUGCUCAGCCCACACCAAAGACAAACUCAAGUUUGCCUACAGUCUGUACUACUUGGCCAUGGUGGGUCACUGCCUCUCUAUUGUCUCCCUCACCAUCUGUCUCAUCAUCUUCUCCUACUUCAAGAGUCUCAGUUGCCAGAGGAUCUCGCUCCACAAAAACAUGUUUCUCUCCUUCAUCUUGAACUCCAUCUUCACCAUAAUCUGGCUCUCGGUCACUGUGGCCAACACCCAGGCCAUACAUGCCAACAACCCCGUGAGCUGUAAAGUCCUGGCUGUGCUGAUUCAGUACUUGUCCACUUCAAACUACUUCUGGAUGCUGUGUGAGGGCAUCUACCUCCACACACUCAUCAUAGUGGCCGUGUUUGUCGGGGAGCAGCAGCUCUUCUGGUACUACGUCCUGGGAUGGGGUUUUCCCAUCGUUCCUGCCGCAACAUAUGCUGUGGCACGUGGAAUCUACUUUAAUGACCAGUGCUUUAUCAGCUCUAACACACAACUGGUCUAUAUCACUCAUGGGCCCAUUCAGGCUGCACUGAUUGUAAACUUUUUCUUCCUCCUGAACAUCGUGCGGGUCCUGAUCAUGAAGCUGAGGGAGACUCACUGCGCCGAGUCCACGGCCUACAUGAAGGCCGUGAGAGCCACCCUCAUCCUCAUCCCUCUGCUGGGAGUCCAGUACGUCCUCUUACCCUGGAGGCCCGGGGAACGCAUCAGCCGGGCCAUCUAUGAGUUCUUUGUGAAUAUCUUCUGCCACUUUCAGGGACUCCUGGUGGCUAUUAUAUUCUGUUUCUGCAACGCUGAGGCGCAGACAGCUCUGAGGAGGAAGUGGGCUCAGUGGAAGUCUGCCUGGGAUAAAACCGGCUGGGGAGACACGCCCAUCACCAACAACCACUACAGCUACCACCACAACUCCUCCAUCACAGAAACCAGCCGGGUCACCAUGAGCCUGGAGCAACCUGCCGCCCUGCCCUCUGCGCAACACGUAAACAGCGACGCCGUGUCCGAGGAGCAGCAGAAGAGCAACGGGGAAGUGGACAUGCUCAACAAGCUGGAGACCACCGACAUCUGAGUGAGGUGAAGACUGUUGUUCAAGAAACACACGAACACUCGUUCACUUACAUGUUGAUGCAGAAAGACGGAGAGGACGGAGAAAUGGAAAGGUUGUCUGUGAUUUUUCAAAAAAAAGGUGAAGCACACUGGGUGGUGUUGUACAGUAUGUGCAGAAUAUUUGAAAAGCACUUAAAAGUUAUGUGAUGUUCACACAUACACACAAUGAAGAGAAAGCAGUCGUGUGUGUUUUUGUACAUGCAUUUUGUAACGAGGGUGAAGUAAUCCUUCUUCCUUUCUUUCUUUCUUUCUUUCUUUAUGUUUGGCUUGAAGAAUGUAUUUGAUGUUAGAAUUGAGACAGGAGCAAAGUUCCUAACCUGCUGUUUUAAAUAUCAAAGAUUGAAGAGCACAGUGUUCAAAUUUCAAAUUUUUUAGUGAUAUGUAAGGGAUAUGAGUUUUAUAAUGAGUCAUUUGAGGUGUAGAAUGAAUAAAAAAAAAAGGCAUGGUAGGGAGACGGUGAGCACCCUCUUCUGUUACAGAAAGUAACAUAAGUUAAAGCAGGAUAGAUAACACAGUAAACAUCUAGCUUGUGAGGAAGUCACAACUAAAGGCUUAGCUGAAGGCUAACCAUGGCCUGUUGACCCUGUUAAUUAGACUAAACCACUAAAUUACUUUAAAAAGCUGACACAGAAGAACAGAUAAAUAGUAGUACAUUUACCCCCAGCAUUUCUUGAGUUGUAAAUACUACAGGCUCAAUGAAAAAAAAAUGUUCUGGGUGCUAAACUAGGCCUUUUAACAUUUCUGUCAGUUUAAGUGUGUCCGCCAAAUUAAAAGCUUUAAAGGUCACAUAUUAUCCUCCUUUUCAGUUUCAAGAAGUCUCAGAGCUCCCCGAAACAUGUCUGUAAACG